CGCGGCCGCCAGAGCCGGCGCAGGGGAAGCGCCCGCGGCCCCGGGCGGCAGCAGCGGCCGCCUCCUCCGCGCCUGCCGGGCCUGCAGCCCGCGGUCCCGCGCCCCGGGGCCGGCACCUCUCGGCUCCGGCUCCCCGCGCGCAAGAUGGCUGACCCGGCUGCGGGGCCGCCGCCGAGCGAGGGCGAGGAGAGCACCGUGCGCUUCGCCCGCAAAGGCGCCCUCCGGCAGAAGAACGUGCACGAGGUGAAGAACCACAAAUUCACCGCCCGCUUCUUCAAGCAGCCCACCUUCUGCAGCCACUGCACCGACUUCAUCUGGGGCUUCGGGAAGCAGGGAUUCCAGUGUCAAGUUUGCUGCUUUGUUGUGCACAAGCGGUGCCAUGAAUUUGUCACAUUCUCCUGCCCUGGCGCUGACAAGGGCCCAGCCUCUGAUGACCCCCGGAGCAAACACAAGUUUAAGAUCCACACAUACUCCAGCCCCACGUUUUGUGACCACUGCGGGUCACUGCUGUACGGACUCAUCCACCAGGGGAUGAAAUGUGACACCUGCAUGAUGAACGUGCACAAGCGCUGCGUGAUGAACGUCCCCAGCCUCUGCGGCACCGACCACACGGAGCGCCGCGGCCGCAUCUACAUCCAGGCGCACAUCGACAGGGAAGUCCUCAUUGUCGUUGUAAGAGAUGCUAAAAACCUUGUACCUAUGGACCCCAAUGGCUUGUCAGAUCCCUACGUAAAACUGAAACUGAUUCCUGAUCCCAAAAGUGAAAGCAAGCAGAAGACCAAAACCAUCAAAUGCUCGCUCAACCCUGAGUGGAAUGAGACAUUUAGAUUUCAGCUGAAAGAAUCGGACAAAGACAGAAGACUGUCAGUAGAGAUUUGGGAUUGGGAUCUGACCAGCAGGAAUGACUUCAUGGGAUCUUUGUCAUUUGGGAUUUCUGAGCUACAGAAAGCUGGUGUUGAUGGCUGGUUUAAGUUACUGAGCCAGGAGGAAGGCGAAUACUUCAAUGUGCCUGUGCCGCCGGAAGGAAGCGAGGGCAACGAAGAGCUGCGGCAGAAAUUUGAGAGGGCCAAGAUCGGCCCAGGAACCAAGGUUCCAGAAGAAAAGACGACCAACACCAUAUCCAAAUUUGACAACAAUGGCAACAGGGACCGGAUGAAACUGACCGAUUUUAACUUCCUGAUGGUGCUGGGGAAAGGCAGCUUUGGCAAGGUCAUGCUCUCGGAGCGAAAAGGCACAGACGAGCUCUACGCCGUGAAGAUCCUGAAGAAGGACGUCGUGAUCCAAGAUGACGACGUGGAGUGCACCAUGGUGGAGAAGCGGGUGCUGGCUCUGCCCGGGAAGCCGCCCUUCCUCACCCAGCUCCACUCCUGCUUCCAGACCAUGGACCGCCUGUACUUUGUGAUGGAGUACGUGAACGGGGGUGACCUCAUGUACCACAUCCAACAAGUUGGCCGGUUUAAAGAACCUCAUGCUGUAUUUUACGCUGCAGAAAUCGCCAUUGGUCUGUUCUUCUUGCAGAGCAAGGGCAUCAUUUACCGUGACCUAAAACUUGACAACGUGAUGCUGGAUUCUGAGGGGCACAUCAAGAUUGCUGAUUUUGGCAUGUGUAAGGAGAACAUCUGGGACGGGGUGACAACUAAGACAUUCUGUGGCACUCCAGACUACAUCGCCCCUGAGAUAAUUGCUUAUCAGCCCUAUGGGAAGUCCGUGGAUUGGUGGGCAUUUGGAGUCCUGCUGUAUGAAAUGUUGGCUGGGCAGGCACCCUUUGAAGGGGAAGAUGAGGAUGAACUCUUCCAGUCCAUCAUGGAGCACAAUGUGGCUUAUCCGAAGUCCAUGUCCAAGGAGGCUGUGGCCAUCUGCAAAGGGCUGAUGACCAAACACCCGGGCAAACGUCUGGGUUGUGGGCCUGAAGGUGAACGUGACAUCAAAGAACAUGCCUUUUUCCGGUAUAUUGAUUGGGAGAAACUUGAACGCAAAGAGAUUCAGCCCCCGUAUAAGCCAAAAGCUUGUGGGCGAAAUGCUGAAAACUUCGACCGAUUUUUCACCCGCCAUCCACCAGUCCUAACACCUCCUGACCAGGAAGUCAUCAGGAAUAUUGACCAAUCAGAAUUCGAAGGAUUUUCCUUUGUUAACUCUGAAUUUUUAAAACCUGAAGUCAAGAGCUAAGUAGAUGUGUAGAUCUCCGUCCUUCAUUUCUGUCAUUCAAGCUCAACAGCUAUUGUGGUGACAUUUAUUUUUCUCAUUGCCAAGUUGCAUCCAUGUUUGAUUUUCUGAUGAGACUACAGUGACCGUGUUUCAGGACCCAAAUGUCCUCAGGUAGUUUGGAGCAUCUCUACGAGAUGGGAUUAUGCAGAUGGCGUAUGGAAAAUGCUGCUGCAUAAUUAACACAUUAUCGAAGUCCUCUUAUAAUUUAUUUCGCGCAGCAUGUCAGCUAAGUAGACCCAGUAGGGAAAGAAAAUGCCUGCUUUCUUCCCCUCUUUUACUGCACUGCCGUUUUCACCCCAACCAUCCAAUCUAGAUCCUUCCUACAAAAUUCGUGGAUAAUCGAAUGCUAGUAUUCUUCCACUUCCCGGCCUGGAGCUUGGCUUGUAUCCAAGUAUAUGGUUGCUUUGGCCUAGAGGGAAUCCCUCUAUUCUAUCUGUUCUGAAGGCAUCGGAGCCUUGAAAAGAACAUGCUCAAAAUAAAAUUUUGUGUGUUAUUUUUUUUAACGCAAAUUAAGAAGAUUAUCUACGUUCUAAAAUUCUAAGAGUGUGCUUCUAGAUAGUGUCAAUCUAAAAGCACUUCAGGGGGUCAAAAGGCAACCAGCUUGGGUGCUACCUCAGUGUUGUACUUACUGAUACUCUAUGUCUCUGGUCACCUUCAUCCCCAAACUACUGGAAAAGGGCAUUUGGCACCACUCCCUGAAAGAACACGGUCACUCUAGCAAGGUCCCAAAGGGCCAUGGUCUUACAUUACAUUUCAAACUUUAUUUGCUUUGGGGUUUUGUUUCUGUUGUUGUUCAAAUGCCAAAAAAAAAAAAAAAAAAAAAAAGUGACUCACUUUGUUACACAUGCUUUAAAAUAUGUGUCCAAAUGUUAUUAACCACAAUGACCUGCUUUGAUUUUACCAAGAAGACGGUUCUGGAGCCUGGCAGUCCCAUGUCUGUGGGGAUGGGAUUUGCCUAGGUUUGUCGCUGGCUUUGGAAAGUCAAUUAAGUGCUCUGAGAAAGAUGCCAUUUCUUGAAACAACGAUAGUUGUAUUCUUCACUUUGUUGUUUUGCAAGAUGUUUGUGGAAAUGUUCAUUUGUACCUGGAUGUCUGUUAUGUGCCCUUUUUCUUCUAGCAUCGAGAUACAAUAAAAAAAA